AUGACGUUGACUUUUCUUUAUUUCAACAAGGACUCAAGUCUAAGCGACAGGUUUCAUAAACGGAAGUGGUGGGCAUGUUUGGUUUAUCGUGCGGUUUUGGCUUUGGCCUCAAUGUUGGCUGCAAUCAGUUUAGGGAUGUCAAGCUACGCUGUGUAUCAAGUGACAAUGGAUGAAAAAGGUCGCACCAACAUCAAUCCUUUUUAUAAACCCCACCAAGUUGACGGGAACAAACAAUAUCGAAUGUGGAAUCCUGUUAGUAUGUCAAACGAUGGUUUGUUGCAGCUAAACCCAUUUGAUGGCAAUGUUUAUUGCAACGGUUCUUUCAGUAACAGUGGAAGUAAGUUUCCCUCGUUUUUUUUUUUGUCCUAUUUGACGAGGCUACCUGGAAGUAAAGACCGUAGACUGAUCACAGUCUGCAACUUUCCGCAUAUUGUCGAGAUCAAAGCGUUUAUUGUAACUGUUCAAAUUAACCGAGCGUGACCUGGGCAAGAGUAUCAAACAUGGAGCCCUCCCAUCGGAGCAUUGUUAAUGAGCGUUACCAAUAAUAGCCCACGUUCGAUAUAUUAAAAUUCAAAAAUGACUCCGAGGGUUUCUGCUCAUUUUCUAUGUUUGGUUUGGUUUCUUUGUGCUCAAUCUCUUCUGAGAAUUGCGGGACAACGGAGUCGUGAAAAAUUUGCAAUUUUGACCCUAGAGCCAUCCCCCCGGAGUCUAUUAGAAUUUUAAUACAACGAACGUGGGCUAUUUGUUUGAAAUUGGCCAUUUUCCAUGUAAAAAUGUCCAAUUUACCAAAUUCAGCAUGAAGCAGGUGUGUAAAACGAACUAAAGAGCAAUUAUUGAGCUGAAUGGUCAAAAGUCACAGCAAAUGUAUUCUCUACGACAAUCUAGCUUAUUAUAAGUGUUGUAAUAUAAAAGAAAAAAGAAAUACAAUUCCUGUGAACGGGGCCGGAUCGGAGUUUCCGUGCAUGGGGAUAUCGCUUCGCCACUGGCCAGGGAAUAAAUCAUCACGUGGAGUUCGCGUACAUUUUUUUUUUUUUUUUUCGUUUGAUAUACUCAGCAGGACAACAUAUCAAAGCAGGCACUUUGUAGAUAGAUAUAGAAUAGAUACCGCAGAAUUAGAAUACGUUGAAAUUUGAAUUGUUCCGACCCCAAAAACUAUAAUCUUUAGUUAGUGGUAUUUUACAGAAAUGUGUGAUUUUGUUCGAGGUUUUUCAAGCCGGUAAACCCUUAGAAAGUGUGAUCUAUUGCUUAGAUUUAAGCUACUCAUUCUCAAAUGAUAUCCCCGAUCCCUUCUUUGCAUCUUAUUUCCUGCUUCGAAUAUAACUUUAUGUUUUGUUCUGUUGUAUCAAGGUGAACAGGGUUUAUCAACUGUUAAGACCAGUGAGAUUGAAAUGUCACAGAACGAGGUCAGUCUUCUCUUCAACAUCAGCGGUCAAGUAUACGCCCUUACUGUAGACACAACGCAGAACGCCCUCACAGUUUUGGUAAAGUAAUUUGUCAUCAUAAUUCAAUGUGCUUGCAAUCAUGUAUGAUGUAUUUCUUUAAAGGUUGUAUUCCCUUUCAAUGAUUAAUUAGCCCUCUUUGCAUUUUGGCAUUUUCCUGCAAAUCACUUUAGCUAACUUUGUAUCUCUUUUUCUACUAUUUUUUACUGGUGUAAUAUUUCUACCCUCUCCCCUUACUUAGGACGUGCCAUUUACCCUGAUUCAGGACUGUUUAAGUUUCUCUUUACCUACGAUCACGGGAAGCUCACAUGACCUUAGGGUGUACCGUUGGCCCAUGUAUAUGGCAUAAGGUUGUUAGACCCGAUUUGACCCCCCGUCCGGAAGUUCAAUCAAGAAAUGCGGAAAAUAGCUUCGCAGGUUGCCAGCGGAUGCUCGUGAAAGUGAGCCUGCAAUCAUGCCCCUAAUUAAAAGAGACCGGACUCUGGAGACAGUCGAAAUUCCAAUGGGCCUACUGUUUACAUGCUUUCAUAGGUCUUUAAAAUAGCGAGAGGCUCCAGAAAGAGGCGGAAGCGUGCAUUCAGGCUUCGUUUAAUAUCCUUGUACAGAGACUUUUAAAUUUUCUUUUUCAACUGAUUCAGCCAAUUUAAAGUAUGAGGUAUCAACCUUAUUUUAUUUCUCUGCAUAAAUUUCAGCCAUAUUCAUCUGGAGAAUAUCCAACCAAUUCUCGCUUCAAAAUUGAUUACUACUGGAGUUAUACCUUUUUCCCAUACAAGUUGGACAACACAACAUUUUUGGGAUGUGAUGGCACUGGCAGGGCUAUGUUGGUGGAUGGGAUGCAGUUCUUUGAGUAUCCAAACCCUCAAGCGCUGUUACAACUG